AGCCCAGCCAUGGCCGAAGGCGGCGGGGAGGGCGAGGACGACGUCCAGUUUCUCCGGACCGAAGAUGAAGUCGUCCUCCAGUGCUCGGCCACAAUCCAAAAGGAACAGCUGAAGUUAUGUCUCUCUGCCGAAGGCUUUGGAAACCGGCUGUGCUUUCUGGAACCUACCUCCAAUGCUCAGAAAGUCCCCCCAGAUCUGGCUAUAUGUUGCUUCAGCCUGGAGCAGUCCUUGUCCGUUCGAGCCCUGCAGGAGAUGCUGGCAAACACUGUGGAGGUGGGUGUGGAGUCUUCACAAGGUGGCGGACACCGGACUCUGCUCUAUGGACACGCUAUUCUCCUCCGGCAUUCCCACAGUGGCAUGUAUUUAAGCUGCCUAACCACAUCCCGCUCCUUGACAGAUAAGCUUGCCUUUGAUGUGGGCCUCCAGGAAGAUGCAACAGGGGAAGCCUGUUGGUGGACCAUCCACCCUGCCUCCAAGCAGCGCUCUGAAGGGGAGAAGGUGCGGGUCGGUGAUGACCUCAUCCUUGUCAGCGUCUCCUCUGAGCGGUACCUGCACCUGUCUACAGCCAGUGGAGAGCUUCAAGCCGAUGCGUCCUUCAUGCAGACACUAUGGAACAUGAACCCCAUCUGCUCAGGCUGUGAGGAAGGAUAUGUGACUGGCGGGCACGUCAUGCGUCUCUUCCAUGGCCACAUGGAUGAGUGCCUCACCAUCUCCACCACGGACCAGAAUGAAGAUCAGCGCAGACUGGUGAACUACGAAGGUGGCGCCAUCUGUUCUCAGGCUCGUUCCCUCUGGCGCUUGGAGCCCUUGCGCAUCAGCUGGAGCGGCAGUCAUAUGAAGUGGGGCCAGCCCUUCCGCGUCCGUCACGUCACCACAGGCCGCUACUUGGCGCUGACUGAGGAGAAGGGUCUGGUUGUGGUGGACGCUGAAAAGGCCCACACCAAGGCGACAGCUUUUUGCUUCCGUAUCUCCAAGGAAAAGCUGGAUGUGGCUCCAAAGCGAGAUGUGGAGGGGAUGGGAGCCCCCGAGAUCAAAUACGGCGAGUCCAUGUGCUUUGUGCAGCACGUUGACAGCGGCCUCUGGGUGACCUACGCGGCAGCCGACGCCAAGGCGUUACGCCUAGGGCUGCUCAAAAGAAGGGCCAUCUUGCACCAGGAAGGACACAUGGAUGAUGCGCUCUCAUUGACCCGCUGCCAGCAUGAGGAAUCACAAGCCGCACGGAUGAUUUACAGCACUUCUGGCCUCUACAACCAAUUCAUCAAGGGCCUGGACACACUGAGCGGGAAGACCAAGUCGAGCAGCCCCGUGACUCUUCCCAUCGAUGGGAUGAUUCUCAGUUUGCAGGAUCUGAUCAACUACUUCCAGCACCCCGAAGAAGAGCUGCAGCACGAAGAGAAACAGACCAAGCUCCGGUCGCUGAAAAACAGGCAAAACCUCUUCCAGGAGGAGGGUAUGAUCUCGCUCGUUCUGAACUGCAUUGACCGCCUCAACGUCUACAGCACUGCUGCACACUUUGCGGAGUAUGCCGGAGAAGAGGCAGCUGAGUCCUGGAAGGAGAUUGUGAACCUGCUGUAUGAACUGCUUGCCUCACUAAUCCGUGGGAACCGUUCCAACUGCGCCCUUUUCUCCAACAACCUGGAUUGGCUGGUCAGCAAGCUGGACCGGCUGGAGGCCUCCUCUGGCAUCCUGGAGGUUUUAUACUGUGUCCUCAUUGAAAGCCCCGAAGUGCUAAACAUAAUUCAGGAAAACCACAUCAAGUCCAUCAUCUCGCUGUUGGACAAACAUGGGCGCAACCACAAGGUCCUGGAUGUCCUCUGCUCUUUGUGUGUCUGCAACGGCGUUGCUGUCCGCUCCAACCAAAACCUCAUCACUGAAAACCUGCUUCCAGGGAGAGAACUUCUCCUCCAGACCAAACUCAUCAAUUACGUUACAAGCAUGCGCCCCAACCUCUUUCUGGGCACGCACGAGGGCUCCACCCAGUACAAGAAGUGGUAUUAUGAGCUGAUUGUGGACUACGUGGAACCGUUUGUGACUGCCCAGGCGACCCAUAUGCGGGUUGGCUGGGCCAUGACGGAGGGCUACAGCCCCUAUCCUGGGGGCGGGGAAGGCUGGGGGGGCAACGGCGUCGGGGACGACCUCUACUCCUUCGGCUUUGAUGGGCUGCACCUGUGGUCAGGCCGUGUGGCUCGGUUCGUGACUUCCCCUGGGCAGCACAUGCUGAGAGCGGAUGAUGUGGUGAGCUGCUGCCUUGACCUGAGCGUGCCCAGUAUUUCCUUCCGCAUCAAUGGCUUCCCUGUCCAAGGCAUGUUUGAGAACUUUAACUUGGACGGGCUCUUCUUCCCUGUGGUCAGCUUCUCUGCUGGAAUCAAGGUGCGGUUCCUCUUGGGGGGCCGUCAUGGGGAAUUCAAGUUCCUGCCCCCACCAGGCUACGCCCCCUGCUAUGAAGCCCUUUUACCUCGCGAAAAGAUGCGUGUGGAACCCAUCAAGGAGUACAAGCAUGACUUCAAUGGGGUGCGGAAUCUCCUUGGCCCCACGCAGUCCUUGUCCCACAUGGCCUUCACACCGUACCCUGUGGACACCAUCCAGAUUGUAUUGCCUCCCCAUCUCGAACGGAUCCGUGAGAAGUUGGCAGAGAAUAUCCAUGAACUCUGGGCCCUGACCCGCAUUGAGCAAGGAUGGACAUAUGGACCUAUCCGGGACGACAACAAGCGCUUGCACCCAUGUUUGCUAGAUUUCCACAGCCUACCUGAACCAGAACGCAAUUACAACCUGCAGAUGUCGGGAGAGACACUCAAGACCUUGCUUGCUUUGGGUUGCCAUGUGGGAAUGGCAGACGAGAAGGCCGAAGAGAACCUCAAGAAGACGAAGCUUCCCAAAACGUACAUGAUGUCUAACGGCUACAAGCCAGCACCGCUGGAUCUCAACCACGUCAAACUAACUCCAGCCCAGAAUACCCUGGUCGACAAGCUGGCUGAGAAUGGGCACAACGUCUGGGCAAGAGACCGCGUCCAGCAGGGGUGGACCUACAGUGUUGUGCAGGACAUCAAAAACAAACGCAACCCCCGCCUGGUGCCUUACAGUCUGCUGGACGAGCGGACCAAGAAAACCAACCGGGACAGCUUGCGCGAGGCAGUGCGCACCCUGAUUGGCUAUGGAUACAACAUUGAGCCUCCGGACCAGGAAACGACUGGUCAGGACCUGACCAAGGUCCGAUCGGAGAAGGUCCGCAUCUUCCGGGCCGAGCAGUUUUACGCAGUGAAGUCAGGCAAGUGGUACUUCGAGUUUGAGGCCGUCACCACCGGUGAGAUGCGUGUGGGCUGGGCACGACCCAACGUCCGGCCCGACAUGGAGCUUGGAGCGGAUGAGCUGUCCUACGUAUUCAACGGGCACCGGGGUCAACGCUGGCACAUAGGCAGUGAGCCAUUUGGUCGUCCUUGGCAGUCGGGUGAUGUGGUUGGCUGCAUGAUAGACUUUGUUGACAAUAACAUCAUGUUUACCCUCAAUGGGGAGAUGCUGAUCAGUGACUCAGGGUCAGAGCUGGCCUUCAAAGAAAUUGAGGUUGGAGAUGGCUUCAUCCCAGUUUGCAGCCUGGGCCUAUCCCAGGUUGGGCGGCUCAACUUGGGCCAAGAUGUCAGCAGCCUCCGCUACUUCACCAUCUGUGGCCUGCAGGAAGGCUUUGAGCCCUUCGCCAUCAACAUGAAGCGGGACAUCACCAUGUGGUUCAGCAAGAGCCUGCCGCAGUUCGCCCCAGUGCCUGUGGAGCACCCUCAUUUAGAGGUGUCACGGAUUGAUGGCACCGUGGACAACCCGCCAUGUCUAAAGUUGACCCACCGGACUUUCGGCUCCCAGAACGCAGUGGUGGAACUCCUCUUCCUGCGCCUCAGCAUGCCUGUGGAGUUCCACGAAAAGUUCAAGAUCACAGCAGGUACAACACCUCUCACCCAUGCCCUCACCAUCCCCGAAGAGGACGUCAAGGAUGUCGACCUCGACUCGGAGUAUGAGCAGUUGAAGAAAACUGCUAGCCGCAAAGAGGCCGAGGAGGCAGAGAAGGAGAAACAGGGCCCCCCUCCUCCUGGCACCCCAAAAGAGCCCCCCAAGGAGGCCCCCAAAGUUGAGAAUGAAAAGGAUGCCUCUACAGAAAAGAGCAAGACCAAACGAGGCUUCCUGUUCAAAGCCAAGAAGGCCACUACGUUCAUUGCCCCACCUCCUGUGAUCCCCACAAUGCCUCGCUUGGAAGAGGAGGUGGUCCCAGAUAACCGAGACGAUCCCGAGAUCAUUAUGAACACGACAACGUAUUACUACUCAGUCCGGAUCUACGCAGGCCAAGAGCCCACCUGCGUCUGGGUGGGCUGGGUCACCCCCGACUACCACCAGCAUGACAUGAAUUUUGAUCUCAGCAAGGUGCGCAACGUCACUAUCACCAUGGGUGACGACAAGGGAAACAUCCAUGACAGCAUCAAGAGAAGCAACUGCUAUAUGGUCUGGGGAGGGGACUUUGUCAGCAGUACCCAGCAGACCCGGGUCAGCACUGUGGACCUGGUGAUUGGCUGCCUUGUUGACCUGGCAACGGGACUUAUGACCUUCACGGCCAAUGGGAAGGAGGUCAACACUUUCUUCCAGGUGGAGCCAAACACAAAGCUGUUUCCUGCCGUCUUCACUCUCCCGACAAGCCAGAACGUGAUCCAGUUUGAACUGGGCAAGCUGAAGAACAUCAUGCCAAUCUCGGCGGCCAUGUUCCGCAGUGAGCGGAGGAACCCAGAACCACAAAGCCCGCCGAGGCUCAACAUCCAGAUGCUGACUCCCAUGACCUGGAGCCGCAUGCCGAAUGAUUUCCUGCGGGUGGACGUGGGCCGUGUUGGCGACCGGCACGGCUGGAUGGCAGAGUGUACCGAACCUAACAUCAUGAUGGCCCUUCACAUCCCCGAAGAGAGCCGGUGCAUCGACAUCCUGGAGCUGUCUGAGCGGUUGAACCUCCUGAAGUUCCACUCACACACCUUGAAGCUGUACUGCGCCGUCUGUGCCCUGGGUAACAACCGGGUGGCGCAUGCCCUGUGCAGCCACGUGGAUGAGUCCCAGCUGCUGUACACCAUUGAAAGCAACCAUCUGCCGGGCCUGCUGCGCAGCGGCUUCUAUGACCUGCUGAUCAGCAUGCACCUGGAGUCAGCCAAACGCUCCCGCCUCAUGAUGAACAGCGAAUUCAUCGUCCCCAUGACAGACGAGACCAAGAGCAUCACCCUCUUUCCAGAAGGCAGCAAGAAGCCUGGCUUGCCCGGCGUGGGCAUGAGCGCUUGUUUACGCCCUCCGCUACACUUUUCGGACAUCUGCUUCAUCAGCACCAACUCCGAGCUGUACCAGCAGAGCCCGUUUAUCCCCUUGGACAUCCUGAAAGUGAAGGCCAUCACCAUGCUUACUGAGGCUGUCCAAGAUGGCGGACAGCACACCCGCGACCCUGUGGGAGGCAGCGUGGAGUUCCAGUUCGUGCCAGUCCUCAAGCUUGUCUGCACCCUCCUCAUCAUGGCUGUCUUCGAGGAUGAAGACGUCCGCCACAUCCUCAAGAUGAUCGAGCCCAACGUAUUUAGCGAGUCCAAAGAAGAGGAGGCAGCUGAGGCUGCCGAAGAGGGAGGUGAAGAAGGAGAAGAAGAGGUGCCUGAGGAGGAGGAGGAAGCAGCAGAGGAGGAGGAGGAGGAAGAAGGGGCAGAGAAAGAGGCAGGAGGGGGGCAGAAGGAGGAAGCUGAGGAAGGAGACAAGAGGGAGCUGAAAGCCAUCGAGGCUGGGGAGCUGGAGGCCAAGGAAGAAGAUGAGGAGGGGCUGGAAGAAGGCCUGCUGCAGAUGACUCUCCCUGAGUCUGUCAAGUUGCAGAUGUGCAACCUGCUGCAAUUUUUCUGCGACCGCGAGCUGCAACACCGCGUGGAAGCCAUCAUCGCCUUCUCGGAGUUGUACAUGGACAACCUGCAGACCAACCAGCGGCAGCGCUACAACACCCUGAUGCUGGCGUUCACCAUGUCGGCCGCUGAGACAGCUCGCCGCACCCGGGAGUUCCGCUCGCCUCCGCAGGAGCAGAUCAACAUGCUCCUGCACUUUAAGAAUGGUGCUGACGAGGAGGAAUGCCCGGUGCCUGACGAAAUCCGGGACGAGCUGCUGGAGUUCCACGCCAACUUGCUGUCUCACUGUGGCAUCCAAGAGGAGGGUGAGGAGGAAGAGCAUGCGGAAGACCAGUCUCUCCACCGGCGGUUGAUGAGCUUGGUGGAGAAGGUGGUGAGCUUCCGCAAAAAGAAGGAGGAGCCAGAAGAGAACCAGCCCCCCGAAGAGGAGCCAAAGCCCAGCACUCUGCAAGAGUUGAUCUCGCACACCAUGGUCCACUGGGCCCAGGAAUCCUUCAUCCAGAGCCCGGAGCUGGUGCGAGUCAUGUUCAGCCUCCUCCACCGGCAAUAUGAUGGCCUGGGGGAAUUAAUCCGCGCCCUGCCCAAAGCUUAUACAAUCAAUGCCUACUCCGUGGAAGACACCAUGAACUUGCUGGAAUCCCUGGGUCAGAUCCGGUCGCUGCUCAUCGUCCAGAUGGGGCCUGAGGAGGAGAACCUGAUGAUACAGAGUAUUGGGAACAUUAUGAACAACAAACUUUUCUACCAGCACCCCAACCUGAUGAGAGCUCUGGGUAUGCACGAGACCGUCAUGGAGGUGAUGGUGAAUGUCCUGGGAGGAGGAGAUUCGAAGGAGAUCCGCUUCCCUAAGAUGGUGACCAACUGCUGCCGUUUCCUGUGCUAUUUCUGCCGUAUCAGCCGCCAGAACCAGCGCUCCAUGUUCGACCACCUCAGCUACCUACUAGAGAACAGUGGGAUUGGGCUAGGCAUGCGUGGAUCCACUCCCUUGGAUGUGGCAGCUGCUUCCGUGAUUGAUAACAAUGAGUUGGCACUGGCCUUGCAGGAGCAAGACCUGGAGAAGGUGGUGACGUAUCUGGCGGGGGCUGGCCUCCAGAGCUGUCCAAUGCUGCUCGCCAAGGGGUAUCCUGACAUUGGCUGGAACCCCUGUGGGGGUGAGCGAUAUCUGGACUUCCUGCGCUUCACUGUCUUUGUCAAUGGAGAAAGUGUGGAAGAGAAUGCCAACGUGGUUGUACGGCUGUUGAUCCGGCGUCCCGAGUGCUUUGGCCCCGCCCUACGGGGUGAGGGUGGCAACGGUCUGUUGGCAGCCAUAGAGGAGGCCAUCCAGAUCUCUCAGGAUCCUGCCCGUGAUGGGCCCACAGUCAAGAAGGAUCGCCGUCGGGAGCUGUUUGGGGGAGAAGACGCUCAUGAGGAGAACCGGGUACAUUUGGGCAACGCGAUCAUGUCCUUCUAUGCGGCACUCAUCGACUUGCUGGGGCGUUGUGCCCCCGAGAUGCAUCUCAUCCAGGCUGGGAAGGGCGAAGCUCUCCGGAUCAGAGCCAUCUUGCGCUCCUUGGUGCCCCUUGAGGACCUCGUUGGGGUCAUCAGUCUCCCUCUGCAAAUCCCUGCCUUUGGCAAAGAUGGCAGUGUUAUUGAGCCCAAGAUGUCCGCCAGCUUCGUGCCUGACCACAAGGCGCCCAUGGUAUUGUUCCUGGACCGGGUCUACGGCAUUGACAACCAGGACUUUCUGCUCCACGUUCUGGAAGUGGGCUUCUUGCCUGACAUGCGAGCAGCUGCCUCAUUGGAUACGGCUGCCUUCAGCACCACAGAGAUGGCGCUGGCCAUGAAUCGGUACCUGUGCUUGGCUGUGCUGCCCCUCAUCACCAAGUGUGCUCCUCUGUUUGCUGGCACUGAGCACCGGGCCAUCAUGGUGGACUCAAUGCUGCACACCAUCUACCGUCUCUCACGCGGACGCUCUCUCACCAAAGCUCAGCGGGACGUUAUCGAAGAGUGCCUGAUGGCCCUCUGCAGAUAUAUUCGCCCCUCUAUGCUUCAGCACCUCCUGCGCCGGCUGGUGUUUGACGUACCCAUCCUCAACGAGUUUGCCAAGAUGUCACUCAAGCUCCUGACCAAUCAUUACGAGCGUUGCUGGAAGUAUUACUGCCUUCCCACCGGCUGGGCUAACUAUGGGGUCACCUCUGAGGAGGAGUUGCACCUGACCCGUAAACUCUUCUGGGGCAUCUUUGAGUCCUUGUCCCACAAGAAAUUUGACUCUGACUUGUACAAGCUUGCGAUGCCCUGCCUAUGCGCCAUCGCGGGCGCAAUCCCACCUGACUAUGUGGACGCAAGCUACUCCUCCAAGACGGAGAAGAAGGCCUCUGUGGACGCUGAAGGCAACUUCGAUCCCAAGCCUAUCGAGACACUCAAUGUCAUAAUUCCUGAGAGACUGGACUCUUUUAUCAACAAGUAUGCCGAGUACACUCACGAGAAAUGGGCCUUUGACAAGAUUCAGAAUAACUGGUCGUUUGGAGAGACCUAUGAUGAGGAGGCCAAGACCAACCCCAUGUUGCGCCCCUAUAAAACAUUCUCAGAAAAGGAUAAGGAAAUUUACCGGUGGCCCAUCAAGGAGUCCCUGAAAGCCAUGAUCGCGUGGGAGUGGACCGUCGAGAAAGCCCGCGAGGGCGAAGAAGAGAAGACAGAGAAGAAAAAGACCCGCAAAAUCUCUCAGACAGCUCAGGUCUACGACCCCAGCCACGGCUACAACCCCCAACCCAUGGACCUCUCCAGCGCAACCCUUUCCAGGGAACUACAGGCCAUGGCAGAGCAACUGGCUGAGAACUACCACAACACCUGGGGCCGCAAGAAGAAGCUGGAGCUAGAAGCCAAAGGGGGUGGCACUCACCCACUGCUGGUGCCCUACGACACGCUGACGGCCAAAGAGAAGGCCCGGGACCGAGAAAAGGCCCAGGAAUUACUUAAAUUCCUGCAGCUGAAUGGUUACGCGGUGACCAGGGGGUUGAAGGAUAUGGAGCUGGACACGUCGUCCAUCGAGAAACGUUUUGCCUAUGGGUUUCUGCAGCAGCUGCUGAAGUGGAUGGACACUUCUCAGGAGUUUAUCGCUCACCUGGAGGCUGUUGUGAGCAGUGGGCGGGUGGAGAAAUCCCCCCACGAACAAGAGAUCAAAUUCUUUGCCAAGAUCCUCUUGCCUUUGAUCAACCAGUACUUCACCAACCACUGCCUGUACUUCUUGUCCACCCCUGCCAAAGUCCUGGGUAGUGGGGGCCAUGCUUCCAACAAGGAGAAAGAGAUGAUAACCAGCCUCUUCUGCAAACUGGCAGCCCUGGUCAGGCACCGGGUCUCUCUCUUUGGCACGGAUGCUGCCGCAGUGGUUAACUGCCUGCAUAUCCUGGCUCGGUCUUUGGAUGCCAGGACAGUGAUGAAAUCGGGCCCAGAGAUCGUAAAGGCUGGCCUGCGCUCCUUCUUCGAGGGGGCCUCAGAUGACAUCGAGAAGAUGGUGGAGAACCUCAAGCUGGGCAAAGUGUCACAGACCCACACCCAGGUCAAGGGUGUGGGUCAGAAUAUCACCUACACCACCGUGGCCCUCCUGCCGGUCCUUACCUCCCUGUUUGAGCACAUCGCCCAGCACCAGUUCGGAGAUGACGUCAUCCUGGAUGAUGUACAGGUCUCCUGCUAUCGAAUGCUAUGCAGUAUCUAUUCCUUGGGGACAACCAAAAAUCCUUAUGUGGAGAGGCAACGUCCACAACUCGGGGAAUGUUUGGCCCGACUGGCAGCGGCAAUGCCCGUAGCAUACCUGGAGCCCCACAUCAACGAAUAUAACCCCUACUCCGUCUACACCACCAAAUCGCCGAGGGAGCGAGCCAUCUUAGGCCUGCCCAACAGUGUGGAGGAAAUGUGCCCGGACAUCCCGGUUCUGGACAAGCUCAUGAAAGAGAUCCACGGCCUGGCUGAGUCGGGCGCCCGCUACACGGAGAUGCCCCAUGUUAUUGAGGUCACUUUGCCCAUGCUCUGCAACUACCUGCCCCGCUGGUGGGAACGGGGCUCUGAGACGAACCCGCAGGGGCCCUGGUGCACAGAAGUGACAUCUGACCAGCUCAAUACCUUGCUGGGCAACAUCCUGAAGAUCAUCGUCAACAACCUGGGUAUAGACGAAGCUUCCUGGAUGAAGCGACUGGCAGUCUUUGCCCAGCCCAUUGUGAGCAAGGCCAAGCCAGAGCUUCUUCGCUCCCACUUCAUCCCUACCAUGGAGAAACUGAAGAAGCGCUCGGGGAAAGUGGUGGCCGAGGAGGAGCAGCUGCGGCUGGAGGCCAAGAGCGAGUCGGAGGACGCCGAGCUAUUGAUCCGGGAUGAAUUCUCGGUGCUUUGCCGAGACCUCUACGCCCUGUACCCACUGCUUAUCCGCUACGUGGACAACAACAGGGCCAAAUGGUUGACGGAGCCGGACUUGGAUGCCGAGGAGCUGUUCCGGAUGGUCGGGGAGGUGUUCAUUUACUGGUCCAAGUCGCACAACUUCAAGCGGGAGGAACAAAACUUUGUUGUGCAAAAUGAAAUCAACAACAUGUCCUUUCUCACGGCUGAUAGCAAGAGCAAAAUGUCCAAGUCUGGAGACAGCCAGUCGGGUGGUUCGGACCAGGAGCGGACCAAAAAGAAGCGGCGUGGGGACCGCUACUCGGUGCAGACCUCUCUCAUUGUGGCUACACUCAAGAAGAUGCUUCCCAUUGGCCUGAACAUGUGCUCCCCUACCGACCAGGAGCUGAUCAACAUGGCCAAGAUACGCUAUGCCCUGAAAGACACGGAUGAAGAGGUGCGUGAGUUCCUCAACAACAACCUACACCUUCAGGGCAAGUGUGAGAACAACUCAUCCAUGCGCUGGCAGAUGGCUCUCUACAAGGAGAUGUCAGGAAAAGCCGAGGACUGCAACAAUCCAGAGAAGAUUGUCAAACGGGUUCAGGAAGUCUCCGCUGUACUCUUCCACCUAGAGCAGACAGAGCAUCCAUUCAAGUCCAAGAAGGCCGUGUGGCAUAAGCUGCUAUCCAAGCAACGCCGGCGUGCCGUGGUAGCAUGCUUCCGUAUGACGCCUCUCUACAACUUGCCCAGGCAUCGAGCUUGCAACAUGUUCUUGGAAAGUUACAAGGCGGCUUGGAUCCUCACUGAGGAGCACCUCUUUGAAGACCGGAUGAUCGAUGACCUCUCUAAACCAGGACAGGAAGAAGAAGAGGAAGAAGAGGAGGCAGAAAAGAAACCAGACCCUCUUCACCAGCUUAUCCUGCAUUUCAGUCGGACGGCUUUGACGGAGAAAAGCAAACUGGAUGAAGACUACCUGUAUAUGGCAUACGCAGACAUCAUGGCAAAGAGUUGCCACAUAAAUGAAGGGGAGGGAGAGGGUGAAGAUGGCGAAGGCAAUGACGGGGAAGAAGCGGAUAUUCCCUUUGAGGAGAAGGAGAUGGAGAAGCAGAGACUUCUGUAUCAGCAGGCCCGCCUGCACAACCGGGGGGCAGCCGAAAUGGUUCUGCAAAUGAUCAGUGCCUGUAAAGGGGAGCCAGGCGCCAUGGUCUCCUCCACCCUGAAGCUGGGCAUCUCCAUCCUGAAUGGCGGCAAUGAGGAGGUGCAGCAGAAAAUGCUGGAUUAUCUGAAGGAGAAACGGGAGGUGGGAUUCUUCCAGAGCGUUCAGGCCCUCAUGCAAACAUGCAGCGUGCUGGAUCUCAACGCCUUCGAGAGGCAAAACAAAGCUGAAGGGCUGGGCAUGGUCACAGAAGAUGGGACAAGAGAGAAGGUGAUGGCGGACGAUUUGUUUACACAGGACCUCUUUCGGUUUCUGCAGCUCCUUUGUGAAGGGCACAACAAUGACUUCCAGAAUUACCUGCGGACGCAGACGGGGAAUACAACCACCAUCAACAUUAUCAUCUGCACCGUUGAUUACCUUCUGCGACUCCAGGAGUCUAUCAGCGAUUUCUACUGGUAUUACUCGGGCAAGGAUGUGAUUGAUGAGCAGGGCAAGCGCAACUUCUCCAAAGCCAUGGCCGUGGCCAAGCAAAUCUUCAACAGCCUUACAGAGUACAUCCAGGGGCCAUGCACAGGGAACCAGCAGAGCUUAGCUCAUAGCAGGCUUUGGGACGCCGUCAUUGGCUUCCUCCACGUCUUUGCGCACAUGAUGAUGAAGUUGGCCCAGAUGACCCAACCCCCAGGACUUCGAAAUGGCGAUUCGAGCCAGAUUGGGCUUCUGAAGGAGCUGCUGGAUCUUCAGAAGGACAUGGUGGUGAUGCUCCUGUCUCUGCUCGAAGGGAACGUGGUGAAUGGCACCAUUGCUCGGCAGAUGGUGGAUAUGUUGGUGGAAUCCUCCAGCAACGUGGAAAUGAUUCUCAAGUUCUUCGAUAUGUUCUUGAAGCUGAAGGACAUUGUGGCUUCGGAUGCCUUCCGGGACUACGUCACAGAUCCACGGGGGCUGAUCUCCAAGAAAGAUUUCCAGAAGGCCAUGGACAGCCAGAAGCAGUACACUCCCUCCGAGAUCCAGUUCCUGCUCUCUUGCUCGGAGGCCGAUGAGAACGAGAUGAUCGACUACGAGGAGUUUGCCAACCGCUUCCAGGAGCCUGCCAAAGACAUCGGCUUCAACAUCGCAGUGCUGCUGACCAACCUCUCUGAACACAUGCCUCACGACAACCGCCUCAAGACAUUCCUGGAGCUGUCAGAGUGCAUCCUCAACUACUUCCGCCCCUACCUGGGCCGCAUCGAAAUUAUGGGCUCCAGCAAGCGCAUCGAGCGCAUCUACUUUGAGAUCAGUGAGACCAACAAGACCCAGUGGGAAAUGCCCCAGGUGAAAGAAUCCAAGCGGCAGUUCAUUUUUGACGUGGUCAACGAAGGGGGAGAAUCGGAGAAGAUGGAGCUCUUCAUCAACUUCUGCGAGGACACCAUCUUUGAGAUGCAGAUUGCGGCACAGAUUUCAGAGGAGGAAGGGCAGGAGGAGGAAGAGGAGGAGGAGGAAGGCGAAGGGGCUGAAGGGGAAGCUGAGAAGGUGUCGGCACCAUCGGAGGCAUCCUCGGCCUUUGGGGAGUUUGUGGAAAGUGUUAUCAACUUCUUCCGCAUGUUCACCUAUCGCAACAUCCGCCGGCAGUUCCGUAAAAUCAAGAAGAUGACGUUCAAGGAGAUGGCCGUGGGGGUGGCUACUUUCUUCUACACCAUCUUUAUUGGGAUCCUCUUCUUUGUCUGCAACGUCUUCAAGGGUAUCUUCCUGCUCAUCUGGAACACACUCUUUGGUGGGGGCCUGGUAGAGGAGGCCAAGAAGAUCACCAUGACUGAACUGCUGGCCAGCAUGCCCGACCCAACGCAAGACGAAGUUCAUGGAGACGUGGCCCCUUCUGAGGAAGUUGAGCAGAUGGCAGAGGAAGGGGAAGAGAUGGAAACAGCCGAGCCUGGCAAGGAAGAAGCUCCCGCUGAAGGUGGCGAGGUCUUUGGAGUAGACAUGAAGAAAGAGCAUUUCCGGCCCAUGGGACCAGAUUCGCAUGGUGGACUUGGAGAUAUGGGCGACACGACCCCCGUGGAGCCGCCCACACCUGAAGGCUCUCCCAUCCUCAAGAGAAAACUGGUCGCUGAAGGGGAGGAGGAAGUAGAACCAGAGCCAGAGAAGAUUGAAGAACCUCCAGUGGAGCCCGAGAAAGCAGAUGCUGAAAAUGGAGAGAAGGCAGCCAAAGAGGAGGAAGAGGAGAAGAAAGAGGCAGAAGAAGAACCCAAGAAGGAAGAGAAGCCAGCACCGCCUGCCAAGGAGAAAAAGAAGGUGGCCCAGCGGGAGAAGAAGGAUGCCGAGGAGGGGGGCAUGGAGUUUUGGAAUGAGCUGGAGAUCCAGAGGAUAAAAUUCUUGAAUUACUUGUCCAGGAAUUUCUACAACUUACGCUUCCUCGCCCUCUUCUUGGCUUUCGCCCUCAACUUCAUCCUGCUCUUCUACAAGGUAUCAGAUGCUCCCCCAGGCGAAGAGGAGUUUGAGGGUUCCGGGUUCGAAGGGGAGCUGGACGCAGGGUCCGGGUCCGGCUUUGGCGGGGAUGACGACGGUGGAGAUGGCAACGGGGACGAAGAUGACGAGGACAGCGUGGUCUACUUCUUCCUAGAGGAGAGCACAGGCUACAUGCAGCCGGCCCUGCAGUUCCUGUCCAUUGUCCACACGCUGGUGUCCUUCCUGUGCAUCAUCGGCUACAAUUGCCUCAAAGUGCCGCUGGUCAUCUUCAAGCGCGAGAAGGAGCUGGCCCGGAAGCUGGAGUUCGACGGCCUCUACAUCACAGAGCAGCCAGAGGAUGACGACAUCAAGGGCCAGUGGGACCGGCUGGUGCUCAACGCGCCGUCCUUCCCAAGCAAUUAUUGGGACAAAUUCAUCAAGAGGAAGGUGCUUGAGAAAUACGGGGACAUCUAUGGACGGGAGAGAAUUGCAGAGCUCCUGGGGAUGGAUUUGGCCAGUCUGGAAAUCACAGCACAGAAUGCGAAGAAGCCUGAACCAGACAAGUCUCUUCUCACUUGGAUCACCUCCAUUGACAUAAAGUACAAGAUCUGGAAAUUCGGAGUGAUCUUCACAGAUAAUUCCUUCCUGUACCUCCUCUGGUACAUGGUGAUGUCCCUCCUCGGCCACUACAACAACUUCUUCUUUGCCUGCCAUCUUUUGGACAUCGCCAUGGGCGUCAAGACGUUGCGAACCAUCCUGUCAUCUGUCACCCACAACGGCAAACAGCUGAUGAUGACGGUGGGGCUGCUCGCAGUGGUCGUCUACCUCUACACCGUCGUCGCCUUCAACUUCUUCCGCAAGUUCUACAACAAGAGUGAGGAUGAGGACGAGCCUGACAUGAAGUGCGAUGACAUGAUGACGUGCUACCUGUUUCACAUGUACGUGGGGGUGCGUGCUGGCGGGGGAAUUGGUGACGAGAUCGAGGAUCCUGCAGGAGAUGAGUACGAGCUUUACCGCGUCAUCUUUGACAUCACCUUCUUCUUCUUUGUCAUUGUCAUCCUGCUGGCCAUCAUCCAAGGUCUGAUCAUCGAUGCCUUUGGGGAGCUGAGAGACCAGCAGGAGCAAGUGAAGGAGGACAUGGAGACCAAAUGUUUCAUCUGUGGAAUUGGCAGUGACUAUUUUGACUCGACGCCGCAUGGCUUUGAGACCCACACGCUGGAGGAGCAUAACUUGGCCAAUUAUAUGUUCUUCCUCAUGUAUCUUAUCAAUAAGGAUGAAACGGAGCACACCGGCCAGGAGUCUUACGUCUGGAAGAUGUACCAAGAGCGCUGCUGGGACUUCUUCCCUGCUGGCGACUGUUUCCGCAAACAAUAUGAAGACCAGCUGGGCUAGGUGCCUCCCCGCCC